UUUGACGAAUUAAAGCUUUAAAAGCUACUGCCACUAGCUUAAAAAUUACUUUUAAUGUAAAGCUUAACUAGACAACGCGAUUCCUUUUAGUCUUUGUUCAGAUUUUACCGCGCAUUGUAUUUUUGGAGUUACCGCGGUUUUUAUUCAAUAAUAUUCAUAGAAGUGACAAAAUUCUUAGUCGUCAGUUAAACAAGUUGAACUGACUAAAGUUUACUUAGAGCUGACAGAAAUGCAAUUAUGCGCAUACAUCAAAUCACAUUAUGUCCGAUUUGAAUAGUAAGAAAGCCGCCAUUAGUAACGCCCCAGAUCCGGCCAGAACUUUGGAAACUGUUGACCACGCAAUAGCAAAGGAAGAUGAUCAUAUACACGAUAAAGAUAAGGCUGGAAGUUAUACCUGUGAUGAUGAUGACGACGAUGUUGUCGUUGUUAAAUUACUGAAAGGUUGUGAGCCCGAAAACCCCGAAACGACAACAUUUUUGGACAAUCAAUUAGAGAAAAUGCAUAUUGUAAAUCCGAAAACUUCUCAUAAGUCGCCAAAUAUGCAAUUCAACGGAGGAAAGGCAUACCAAAACAUAGGGCCUGAUCAAGUUCAAAAUGACGAACAGGACGAAAUUAAGUUUUUGAAGGAGAGUACCGUUUCUCAAAGAAUAAUAGUCCGAACUGCAGAUUCGUCAGCGUCCAGAAACGAAUCUGUUGCAUCGUGUGGCUCGAAGCAGAGUCUUCCUACUCUACUUAAAUCACAAUCACUAGACUUAUACAAUGAGGAUUCUGCUGGCUUAAAUAUUGAUCAGCAGUUGCAUAACCGUAUUCUUCCUAACAUUACGGAACAUCGGUCUGCUGAGAGCCAAUUUAAGUCGAUCGACGAGAGCGUGGAACAUGGUCAAAGCGAGGGCUUGAACAGAUCUACUGGAGAAAUACGUCAGCGUCCAACAAACCGCCCAAGCAUUGCAACAGCAGUUUUUCAAAGCACAGAAUCUCGGCCAAUUUAUCCGAACGUGCCAUAUAGUCCAUAUGGCAGUCCUUACGGAAGUCCUCGGUCAGUACGACGUAGACCCCCAUUACGCGAAUCCCGGCGAAUAUCUAUUGAGAAAUCGGGAAGUUUUCUUCAGCUUAAUCAAUAUAAGCUUAUGGAUCAAAUAGGACAGGGCUCGUACGGACUUGUGAAGUUAGCUUAUUCCGAAGAAGAUUCCACACAUUAUGCUAUGAAGAUUCUCUCUAAAAAGCGUUUAUUGCGGCAAGCUGCGUUUAUGCGUCGAGGUCCAAAGCAAGCAACAUCGCCGCUUGAUCGAGUUUAUAGAGAAAUCGCAGUUUUAAAGAAACUUGACCAUCCAAAUGUAGUAAAGUUAGUCGAAGUGCUAGAUGACCCAAUGGAAGAUUCGCUUUAUAUGGUUUUUGAAUUGGUUAAGAAAGGAGAAGUUCUUUCCAUACCCACAGACAAGCCAUUGUCAGAGGAGCGUGCAUUGAGCGUGUUUCGAGACUGUUUACUAGGAUUAGAAUAUCUGCACUAUCAAAAGAUUAUUCACGCAGACAUCAAGCCUGGAAAUUUGCUGUUGACAGAAUGUGGACAUGUCAAAAUAGCUGAUUUGGGAGUAUGCAAUGAGUUUCUGGGUGAGGAUGCUACAAUGAGUAAUGGCUCGACAGGUGGAACGCCAGCAUUUCGAGCACCCGAAACACUUGUGUUGGGCAAGAAUGUGUACUGUGGUCGGGCAGCGGAUGUGUGGGCUUUGGGAGCAACAUUAUAUUCAUUGGUUUAUGGAAAUGUACCAUUUAUAGCUAACUCCAUACCCUUGUUGUAUGAUAAAAUACGAAACGAUCCAGUGGUGUUUCCAGGACUGCCUAAAAUAAGCGACGAUUUGCAAAACUGCAUUGUCCGAAUGCUUGAAAAGGAUCCAGCAAACCGAAUAACUUUGCCACAAUUAAAGCUAAACCCGUGGGUGACCAGUAACGGGUCUUAUGUCUGUCCAACUGAAGAUGAGAACUGUUGCUUGGUACAAGUGGACGAUGAAGAUAUUAAUUCUGUUGUCCGCAGCAUUCCAAAGCUUGAUACGCUCAUAUUAAUCAAAACGAUGCUCAAAAAUCACUCGUUUGUUAAUCCCUUUAUGAGGGGCAUUUCUGGAAGGGCUCCCCAGCCUGGCGGAUCCAGGCUAGAGAAAUUUGUCAAGGCUGGUAGAUCUAAUUCAGCACCUGGGUCUUAUCACAUGCCACUGGACAGGGAGCCAUCGAUGGAUAACGUACUUCCGUCGCUGACUGAACAUUGUUCUAGCCAAAAAAAUGAAGAAACUUAAUCAAAUGGAAAAAAUGUUAAUCAAAUAGCCAAUGAUAUUAAUAAUACCAGGGACCGAAAAUAACCGUUAAUUGUAUGCACAUUUUAGCUAAAAAUCUUUUUUAUUAGGGAACAUUGUUUAAUCAUACAUAAAAUGCAAAUUGCGUGUUUAUUGAUGAGCAAUACAAUAUACCCUUUAUAAGGUAUCAUAAGUUUGUCAGGUGUAAAGCAUUAAGGGUACAACUAGAACCCCAUAAACUAUAUAUAUUAUAUAUUAUAUUAUCGAUCGCUUUGGCUAGAUUCGGCUUUUUAUUGCAGCCAAUAAUUCUAUAUAGAAAAUAAAGUAUUUGCAUUGAACCAUCAUUGUAAGAUUAGAAACAUAUCUCACAUAUAUCCAA